CGGUGAUCACAGUUUUAGACCCAUGUUUACUGGGGCUAAAAUUGUAGUUUUUAUUCGCCAUGGCCGAAGGAUCGUAUUAUGACUACCAGGGAGGGAUAGAUCAGGGUGCAAUUCCCCAAAUUUCGAACUUUACCGGUCGUCCAGAAACAGCAAAUUAUGACCCUGUUGGUCACAGCAAAGCUGGUCCUGGAUUCUACACAGAGCAGUUCCCCGGAGUGUCUGGGAGCCUUAAUGGACCUGAGGGGAUGAUCAGUGCCUCAGACAUGGCUGGUGUGUCGGGUCAGGACAUGAGUAUGGCGCAGUUGAUGAUGCCACCAUCUGCAGCUGAAGCUAUGUACGAGGCCCAUAUGAGGGGCUAUGCCAUAAAGAGUGAAAAGGGAAUGCCUCCCACCCCACCAGGUAGCCCUGACGAUCCUAAGGUAUUGCCCCCAAUGGGUGGUCCUCAGCACAGCCAUCAUCAACUCGCCCACAGCCAGCACGCACAAGCCUCCCUGAUGGGUCAUCACCCCCCAUCGGGGCACCACUCGGCCCCUGACCAACAGUCCCAGCUUGGCUCCGUCUCCCAGGCCGCCAUGUCAGCCAUGCAGCAGCACUACCUGGCUAAACCUGUGCCAAUGAGACGGCUGUCCGAAAAGAGGAUAGCACAGGCCAGGGCCUGUAUCAACUCCGUCACAUCGGCCAUGAUUGCCUCUGAUCCCCUGGGAGAUUCCGCUUACUCUGCACCUAACCCAGCCUUGGCCAGGGCUUUGGCCACCGUCCAGCAUAGCCAGAAACGACCCAGAAGCGAAAAGAAGCCAAUCCCUAAUGAAUCCAAAGAUGACAAAUACUUUGAACGCAGAAAACGAAACAAUAACGCUGCCAAGAAAUCCAGAGAUGCGCGCAAAUCACGUGAAGAUGAAAUUGCAAUCCGUGCCAGCUAUCUUGAGAAGGAGAAUGCUGUAUUGAGAGCUCAAGUGGCCACACUGCGAGAAGAGGCGAACACACUACGUCAAAUGCUCUUACAGAAGCGCUCUCGGCCUUGAAAAACAUGCAUGGUGUGCAGAGUUUAUGAACAGUCGCCUCUUUACAGCCAGACUGGACUGCCUUAUACUGGCUCAUAUCUCAGGGGUUUUCAAUAUUUGUUGUUGGUAUACAUGUUGUUUGAAUCAAAUAUUUUCAUUCGUUAACUUACACUUUGCUGACCUGCUCUGUACAGGUAUUGUUAUGUUUACAGUCUGUAGGUGAAAUACUCAAGAAGAAGACUUAGAAAUGUUCUUAUCUGCAUAGGUUUUUGCACAGUGACGCCUGACUUUCAUUACUUAUGAAUGUUUGAAGUGUUUGUCAUCUCAGUGUCAUAUAAUCACUAAUGAUUUGGAUCUGAAAGUAAUAUAUUAGUUCAGUAAAUAUAGAAUACGCCAAGAGA